GGCCGCUGUCCGCUGGAAGCACCGAGAGCAGGGACCGAGGAAGUUCCCGGACUGACACCGGGCAGAGAGCGGGAGCUGCGGGCACAGAGAUCCGGGGACACCCCGGUGUACGGAGCACAGGCAGGGCGCACACACUGGGCAGCCCCCAGGCACGGACACCCAGCGCUGGGUGCAGCGGGCUCCGGAGAGGCGGUCGGCGGCGGCUGGAUGAUGCCCCGGCUGUAGGGGGCGCCGCCGGGCACGAUGCUGGAUAAGAUGUCCAGCUUCCUGUACAUCGGGGACAUCGUGUCUCUGUAUGCGGAGGGAUCGGUGAAUGGAUUUAUCAGCACUCUGGGAUUGGUGGAUGACAGAUGCGUGGUUCACCCAGACGCCGGAGACUUGACCAAUCCGCCCAAAAAGUUCCGAGAUUGUCUGUUUAAGGUCUGUCCUAUGAACAGAUAUUCCGCACAGAAGCAAUUUUGGAAAGCAAAACAGGCAAAGCAAGGGAACAACACAGAGGCUGCGCUCCUCAAGAAGCUGCAGCACGCCGCUGAGUUGGAGCAGAAACAAAAUGAGUCUGAGAACAGAAAGUUGCUGGGAGAAAUUGUUAAAUACAGCAAUGUUAUACAGCUACUGCACAUCAAGAGCAACAAAUACCUCACGGUUAACAAGCGUCUUCCGGCGCUGCUGGAGAAGAAUGCCAUGCGCGUGUCUCUGGAUGCGGCCGGGAACGAGGGCUCUUGGUUUUACAUUCAGCCGUUCUGGAAGCUGCGGAGUGAAGGCGACAAUGUAUUGGUGGGAGAUAAGGUGGUCCUGAUGCCGGUUAACGCCGGCCAGCCGCUGCACGCCAGUAAUAUAGAACUUCUAGAUAAUCCCGGCUGCAAGGAGGUGAACGCCGUCAAUUGUAACACCAGCUGGAAAGUCGCCCUGUUUAUGAAGUACAGCGACUAUCGGGAUGACGUCUUGAAAGGGGGUGAUGUGGUCAGGUUGUUUCACGCAGAACAAGAAAAGUUCCUGACCUGCGACGAGUAUGAGAAGAAACAGCACAUCUUCCUGCGGACCACCUUACGCCAGUCGGCCACGUCUGCGACCAGCUCCAAAGCCCUGUGGGAAAUAGAGGUUGUGCACCACGAUCCCUGCCGAGGAGGGGCCGGCCAGUGGAACAGUCUGUUCCGGUUUAAACACUUGGCUACUGGGAACUACCUGGCGGCUGAGAUCAACCCAGGGUAUCAGGAUGUAAAUGAUGGCAAGGUGACUAGGGAAGGAGACUUACCGGUGCCUAAGCGCAAGUGGCAGGCUGGCGAGAAGAUCAUGUUCACUUUGGUAUCGGUGCCUCAUGGAAACGACAUUGCAUCGCUCUUCGAGUUGGACGCCACGACCUUGCAGAGAGCGGACUGCCUGGUUCCGAGGAACUCGUACGUACGGCUGCGACAUCUGUGCACAAACACCUGGGUGACCAGCACCAGUAUUCCGAUUGACACAGAUGAGGAGAGACCCGUGAUGCUGAAGAUUGGAACCUGCCAGACGAAGGAAGACAAGGAAGCCUUUGCCAUAAUUUCCGUCCCGCUGUCCGAGGUGCGAGACCUGGAUUUUGCUAACGAUGCCAAUAAAGUUUUGGCGUCCACGGUGAAGAAGUUGGAGUACGGGACCAUCACGCAGAACGAGCGCAGGUUUGUAACCAAGCUCCUGGAAGACCUGAUAUUCUUUGUGGCCGGAGUUCCUAAUAACGGGCAGGAAGUGUUGGAGGUGGUGGUCACCAGACCUGACCGGGAAAGGCAGAAAUUAAUGAGAGAGCAGAACAUUUUAGCACAGAUCUUUGGCAUUUUGAAGGCGCCAUUCAAGGACAAGGCCGGAGAAGGGUCCAUGCUGCGCCUGGAAGACCUCGGAGAUCAACGGUAUGCUCCGUACAAGUAUAUCCUGCGGCUGUGCUAUAGGGUCCUGAGACACUCGCAGCAAGAUUACCGCAAGAACCAGGAAUACAUCGCCAAGCACUUCUGCGUCAUGCAGUCUCAGAUCGGAUACGAUAUUUUGGCAGAGGACACCAUCACGGCCCUUCUGCACAAUAACCGCAAGCUGCUGGAGAAGCACAUCACCGCCAAAGAGAUCGAAACUUUUGUGAACUUGUUGAGACGGAACAGAGAACCCAGAUUCCUGGAUUAUUUGUCAGAUUUGUGUGUGUCCAACACAACCGCUAUCCCUGUGACGCAAGAGCUGAUCUGUAAAUUCAUGCUGAGCCCAGGAAAUGCUGAUAUCCUUAUUCAGACAAAGCUCAUCUCUAUGCAGAUGGACAACCCCUUGGAGUGCUCUGUGCUCACGGACGACAUUGAUGAGGAGGAGGUUUGGUUAUAUUGGAUCGACAGUAAUAAGGAACCACAUGGUAAAGCCAUACGACACCUUGCACAAGAAGCUAAGGAAGGCACCAAAGCGGAUCUAGAAGUGCUGAACUACUACCGGUACCAGUUGAACCUCUUUGCGCAGAUGUGCCUGGACCGACAGUAUCUCGCCAUCAACCAGAUCUCCACGCAGUUGUCGGUGGACCUGAUCCUGCGCUGUAUGUCUGAUGAGAGCCUCCCGUAUGACCUGCGUGCCUCCUUCUGCCGCCUCAUGCUGCACAUACACGUGGAUCGAGACCCCCAGGAAUCCGUGGUACCUGUGAAGUAUGCCAGAUUGUGGACUGAGAUUCCCACGCGGAUCAGCAUCCACGACUAUGACUCCUUUACAGACUCGUCCAGAGAUGAGAUGAAGAGAAAGUUUGCUCUCACCAUGGAAUUUGUAGAAGAAUAUCUGAAAGAAGUUGUGAAUCAGCCAUUUCCGUUUGGUGACAAGGAGAAGAAUAAACUAACAUAUGAGGUUGUCCACCUGGCUCGGAACCUCAUAUACUUUGGAUUCUACAGUUUCAGCGAGCUGCUUCGGCUGACCCGGACGCUGCUGGCCAUUCUUGACAUUGUCCAGAGCCCUAUGUCUUCAUACCUGGAGAGGAUGAGCAAGUUCCAGGACGGAGGUAACAACGUCAUGCGGACCAUUCACGGCGUGGGUGAGAUGAUGACGCAGAUGGUUCUUAGCCGGGGGUCCAUCCUGCCCAUGGCGGUGCCAGAUGUACAGCAAGGCCUGCACUCCAGCAAACCAACCACCGACAAUGAAGAUAUCACCGUCAUGGACACCAAACUGAAAAUCAUUGAGAUUUUGCAGUUUAUACUCAGCGUGAGGCUGGAUUACAGAAUAUCCUACAUGCUGUCCAUCUACAAGAAGGAAUUCGGGGAUAAUGGUGCCAGUGUGGAGACCUCCACAGCAUCUACGGUCUCUCCCCCCGACACGCCCACAAUGUCCGCCGUUGUUCCGGAUAUUGAUGAAAUUGCCGCCAGAGCGGAAACUAUGUUUGCCGGAUGUAAAGAGAAGAACCCUGUGGAACUGGAUGAUGAAGGCGGCAGAACCUUCCUGCGAGUCCUUAUUCAUCUCAUUAUGCACGAUUACCCUCCGCUGCUCUCCGGGGCCCUUCAGCUGCUUUUCAAACACUUCAGCCAGAGAGCAGAGGUCCUGCAGGCCUUCAGACAGGUUCAGUUACUGGUGUCAAAUCAGGAUGUUGACAACUACAAGCAGAUCAAGGCUGACCUGGACCAAUUACGGCUGACGGUGGAGAAGUCUGAACUUUGGGUUGAAAAGAGCAAUAGUUAUGAGAAUGAAGAACUUGGAGACGGGCAGGCCAAGGAUGGUAAAGAGCAGAUUAAUGAGGACACAAGUAUUCUGGGCCAGGUGCAAGAUGGGACCAAGAAGCCUCAGAUUGACAGCAACAAAGGAAACAACUACAAGAUUGUGAAAGAGAUCCUGAUCCGGCUGAGCAAGCUUUGUGCACAGAGUAAGAAAGGACGCAACCAGCAGCAGAGACUGUUAAAGAACAUGGGGGCUCAUGCCGUGGUGCUGGACCUCUUGCAGAUUCCAUAUGAAAAGACGGAUGAGAAAAUGAACGAAAUAAUGACCCUUGCUCACAACUUCCUACAAAACUUUUGCAGAGGAAACCCCCAGAAUCAGAUCCUUCUGCACAAACAUCUGAACCUUUUCCUGACUCCAGGGCUUCUGGAAGCCGAAACCAUGAGAAACAUCUUCAUGAGCAACUACGUCUUAUGCAAUGAGAUCAGUGACCGGGUGGUUCAGCACUUCGUGCACUCUGUGGAGACCCACGGCCGCCAUGUGGAAUACCUGCGCUUCCUGCAGACCGUUGUGAAGGCCGACGGGAAGUACGUCAAGAAGUGCCAGGAUAUUGUGAUGACAGAGCUGAUUAACGGAGGGGAGGAUGUGUUGAUUUUCUACAAUGACCGCGCUUCGUUCCCUAUCCUCCUGCAAAUGAUGUGCUCGGAGCGGGACCGCGCCGACGAAGGUGGACCUCUGGCCUAUCACAUCACCCUGGUGGAGCUGCUGGCGGCUUGCACCGAAGGGAAGAAUGUCUACACCGAAAUAAAGUGCAACUCGCUCCUGCCCCUGGAUGAUAUUGUCAGAGUGGUGUCGCAUGACGACUGUAUACCGGAGAUCAAAAUUGCCUACGUCAACUUUGUCAACCACUGUUACGUGGACACCGAGGUGGAGAUGAAAGAGAUUUAUACCAGCAACCACAUCUGGAAACUGUUUGAGAAUUUCCUAGUGGACAUGGCCAGGGUUUGUAACACGACCACCGACCGGAAACAUGCCGACACGGCGCUGGAGAAGUACGUGACCGAGGCAGUAAUGAACAUUGUCAGCGGCUUCUUCAACUCGCCGUUCUCCGACAACAGCACCAGCCUCCAGACCCAUCAGCCCGUCUUUAUCCAGCUACUUCAGUCAGCAUUUCGGAUUUACAACUGUACGUGGCCAAACCCGGCUCAGAAAUCCUCCGUGGAAUCGUGCAUAAAAACACUGGCAGAAGUGGCCAAGAAUCGGGGGAUAGCGAUUCCCGUGGAUCUGGACAGCCAGGUGAACACUCUGUUCCUGAAGAGUCACUCCAACAUGGUGCAGCGAGCCGCGAUGGGAUGGCGGAUGACUGCGCGCACCGGGCCGCGCUUUAAAGACGUGCUUGGCGGGCCGGCUUGGGACUACAGGAACAUUAUAGAGAAGCUGCAGGACGUGGUGGCCUCGCUGGAACUGCAGUUCAGUCCCAUGUUGCUGGCCGAGUUCUCCGUACUUGUUGAUGUUCUGCACAGUCCGGAGCUUCUGUUUCCUGACGGGAGUGACGCUCGGAUCCGAUGUGGUGCUUUCAUGUCCAAGUUGAUUAAUCACACAAAGAAACUAAUGGAGAAAGAAGAGAAGCUUUGUAUCAAAAUACUUCAGACGUUGCGAGAAAUGUUAGACAAGAAAGACAGCUUCACCGAGCAGGGCGUUACGCUGCGCAAAAUCCUCCUGAAUCGCUACUUCAAGGGUGACUACGGCUCCUCUCUGAACGGACCCCUGUCAGUAGGCUUCAGCAAGCCCGGGACGUCCGGAGCCUUCUCUGGCCAGGACAACGACAAGAAGCUUGGGGCAUCCAUGACGGAGAUCCAGUGUCUCCUGGAUAAAGAAGGAGCCUCAGAACUGGUCAUCGAUGUUAUCGUCAGCACCAAAAAUGACCGGAUAUUCUCUGAGGGCAUCCUGCUAGGAAUCGCGUUACUUGAGGGAGGAAAUACGCAAAUACAGAGUUCCUUUUACCACCAGCUGAAUGCACAGAAAAAGUCGGAGAAGUUUUUCAAAGUUCUGUACGACAGAAUGAAAGCCGCCCAGCAGGAGAUACGCGCCACCGUGACGGUGAACACAAUCGACUUGGGCACCAAAAAAAAAGACGAGGACUAUGAAGCCAUAGCCUUGCCAAAAAGGAGAGCAAGGGAUUCUCAAUUACACCUCAAAGAAGGGAUAAAGGGACAGUUAGCGGAGGCCUCCUCAGCCACGUCCAAGGCUUACUGUGUUUACCGGAAAGAGAUUGAUCCAGACCUGGAUCUGAUGGGCCCCGGAGCUGACAAUGGUGGAGGCGAUGAGAAAACAGCGGAAGAGGCUGUCAUAAUGAGUCCUGUUAUAGCAAUCAUGCAGCCAAUCCUGAGGUUUCUCCAGCUGUUGUGUGAGAACCACAACCUCGGUCUGCAGAACUUUUUGAGGAACCAGAACAACAAAACCAACUACAAUUUGGUGUGUGAGACCCUGCAGUUCUUGGACUGUAUUUGUGGCAGUACGACGGGCGGCCUGGGACUGCUGGGGCUCUAUAUUAAUGAGAGGAACGUGGCUCUAGUGAACCAAACGCUGGAGAGUUUAACGGAAUAUUGCCAGGGACCCUGCCACGAAAACCAGACGUGUAUCGCCACUCACGAGUCCAACGGGAUUGACAUAAUCAUCGCCUUAAUUCUCAACGACAUCAACCCGCUCGGCAAAUACCGCAUGGAUCUAGUGCUGAAAUUAAAGAACAAUGCUUCCAAACUUCUUCUGGCCAUCAUGGAGAGUCGGCACGACAGUGAGAACGCAGAGAGGAUCCUGUAUAACAUGAGACCUGGAGAACUGGUAGAUGUGAUAAAGACGGCCUAUAACCAGGGACUGGAGAACGAGCACGAUGAGCAUGGACCGGACGAUCAGGUGUCCCCGAGGGCUGUGGGGCACAACAUUUACAUACUGGCGCACCAGCUGGCUCGGCACUAUAAAACGUUACAGCAGAUGUUGAGGCCGGGGAAUGAUCCAGACGGGGGCGAUGAAGCGCUGACGUACUACGCUAACCACACGGCACAAAUUGAGAUUGUCCGUCACGAUCGAACAAUGGAGCAGAUUGUGUUUCCCGUGCCGAAUAUCUGCGAGUUUCUGACCCGAGAAUCAAUGCGUCGGGUGUUUAACUCCACCGAGAGAGACGAACAGGGCAGCAAAGUCAACGACUUCUUCCAGCAGACCGAAGACUUAUACAACGAAAUGAAAUGGCAGAAAAAGAUCAGGCAUAACCCGGCUCUCUUCUGGUUCUCCCGUCACAUCUCUCUCUGGGGCAGCAUUUCCUUCAACCUGGCCGUGUUCAUCAACCUAGCAGUGGCGCUGUUUUAUCCAUUUGGGGAUGAUGCCGAUGAAGCCGCUAAUCCCAUGGUCCUGACGGAGUCCCAGCAUCCACUACGGACUACGAGAAAUAGAUUUAUCGGAACUCUGCCUCCAUUGAUCUCCGUCAUGCUGUGGAUAAUGGUGGCCGUCUGCACCGCCAUAUUGUUUGUCUUUCCCAAGCCGUUUGGCAUCCGACCGUUCCUGGUAUCCGUGAUGCUCAGGUCUAUAUAUACGCUCGGGCUCGGACCUACGCUUAUCCUCCUGGGAGCGGCCAACUUAUGCAACAAAGUGGUGUUUCUGGUCAGCUUUGUGGGGAACCGCGGCACGUUCACGCGGGGUUACCGAGCGGUGAUUAUGGACAUGGCGUUUUUAUACCACGUGGUUUACGUCAUCGUGUGCAUGCUGGGCCUCUUCGUGCACGAGUUCUUCUACAGCUUCCUGUUGUUUGAUCUUGUGUACCGGGAAGAAACCUUAUUGAAUGUUAUUAAGAGUGUGACUAGAAAUGGUCGUUCUAUCAUCUUGACAGCCGUACUUGCGCUGAUCCUCGUCUACCUCUUCUCCAUCAUCGGCUUUCUCUUCCUGAAAGAUGACUUCAUCAUGGAGGUGGACCGGCUGAAGAACAGAACGCCGGACCUAGAUAACGGCGACAUCCAUGCGUCAUCUCUGACCACAAUGAUGGGUUCAUGCCAACGGGAAGAUUGUGCAACAACGAUCCCACUAACAGAUCCUGAAGAUGAAGACGGUAUUGAGCGGGCGUGUGACACGCUUCUGAUGUGUAUCGUUACCGUCCUAAAUCAGGGACUGAGGAACGGCGGCGGCGUGGGAGAUGUUCUCCGGAAGCCUUCCAAAAACGAACCUCUGUUCGCUGCCAGAGUGGUGUACGAUCUGCUCUUCUACUUCAUCGUCAUUAUAAUCGUUCUCAAUCUCAUCUUUGGCGUCAUCAUCGAUACGUUUGCUGAUUUGAGGAGCGAGAAGCAGAAGAAGGAGGAAAUUCUGAAGACCACCUGUUUCAUCUGCGGCCUCGAGAGAGACAAAUUUGACAACAAGACGGUCUCGUUUGAGGAGCACAUCAUGUCGGAGCAUUGUAUGUGGCACUAUCUGUACUUCAUCGUCCUGGUCAAGGUGAAGGACCCAACGGAAUACACGGGUCCGGAGAGCUUUGUGGCAAAGAUGAUCACUGAAAAAAACUUGGACUGGUUUCCUCGGAUGCGCGCCAUGUCCCUCGUCAGCAGCGAGGGCGAGAACGAGCAGAACGAGAUCAGGAACUUGCAGGACAAACUGGAGUCUACAAUGAGUCUGGUGAAACAGCUGUCCGGACAGCUUGCAGAACUCAAAGAACAGAUGACGGAACAAAGAAAAAACAAACAACGUUUGGGGUUUCUGGGGUCCAGCUCUACUCUCGUCAACCACCAUCACUCUCCGCAUUGACCCGUUGGCUGUAUAUCACCAUUAUCCCUAUAUGACUGCUUGUGGGGUUACACCGGAAGUGUUCCGCGUUGAACAGGCCGGAGCCGUGGCGGGAUCUUUUAACGCAUGAGAGAGGUCCGUUGGCGCUGUUGGGAGGCUGCGUUAUGCGGUUUGAACUGCUGAAUUACGACUCUAAGAGGGAUCACUGUGCUACCUAUCAGAUAAUAUUGCCCGUCCGGUUUCCAGUGUUUGAUCACGUUUGCACUCAGAGCUUGGCGGACAGACGUUAUUAGCUGUCAGUAAGUGAUAUUGACGGCAACACGAAACUGGAAGCAGCUUAGCCCCUGCACACGGACUGCCCAGAUCUAGAUGUGCCUUUCACCCACGGACAGUGGGACAUCUCAUAGCAUACUGUCUGCGUAGCGGUACCGUUCGCACAAUUACUGCGCUUUUUAUUAUGACGUACUUUUUUUAAGUUUAUUUUUUUACAGCGAAUGUUAACUCAAAGCUCAUCCACCUGGUCCUUGCCGUAAGCCGUAUCAGUUUUCCAUUUCACAAAUGGUAAAUGCAUUCUAAGCCCUCCUAACGUCCCUUGUGCGGCGAGAGGAAUGGUGCUGUCGGUUUUUUAAUUUAGAAGUCAUGUAUACGGUGUUUAUUCGGCAGAUUCUACCGGAAUGUUUUUAAGUCUGAAAUUUUGAUUCCUCUAUGGUCAUUUAAUAAUCACAAACCUACCCUGUACCCUGCUCCCUCGUAAUAUUGCCAGCUUAAAGCAGGGGUAGCGUUAUAGGAAGGGUGACCAAUAUUGGUGGCAAGAGAAGGGUGGAUUAAUAAAAGAGGAUGACGUAAAGCAUCGGAUUGGAUGAAAAGAAGAAGAGCAAUGGAAAUCAUAGCGGAGAACAUUUAGGCUUGCGUACUUGUAGCUGGCCAAUCACGGACUCUUUCAAAUCCUCGAAUAACCAAUACAAGAGACUGUUACAACCGUAUUUGUGGUAUAGCUAUAUCCUGCAUUCUGGUUUGCUGGCUAUCUUUUCCGUCCUUGCUGGAACUCUCCUAUUAGGGCGUACCUCACAACUGAUUUUCAGGGAUUAAUGGGAAUACCAGACAUUGGCGUGUCCUUGGGUGAUUGUCGACUAUGACCAGAUUUGUCCCAGUUGUAUAAUGGGAAAUUAGAGUUACGAUAAAGUCAGAGAUAGUAAAGAUGUCAGCCACAAAAUACAAAUGAAAUUGUAAUUACAGACGAGAGGUGCGGAUGAAUUCCUUAUUCCGCAGUCUCCGGAAUAUAUACCGUAUGUCAUCCACAGACGCCGCAUUGACUUUUAAAUUUAGCGUAUAAACUUUUAUUUACCUGAAUAUUGAUUGUGGGUUAUUUUUAAUCAAUGCAGACAAUACGGUAUGGCUUAUAAUUGCCAGUGAAUGAAGUUUAGGCAUUCAUAAGGCUUAUUUAGUAAAAUGUCCUGUAUCCCUAAGCAGCCAAUGAGAUACUAGCUUUUACUAGCUUUUGCUAGAAUGAUGUCAACUAACGUGAUUGGUCGAUAUGGGCUACAGUGUUUUAUCAAAUAGGCUGUUACAUUCCAGUGUGUGUAUUAGGAAUCCAAUUGAAAUGUACUCCUAAAAAGGGAAAUUGCUGAGAAAUAUAUUAUAUUGCAUUUAAACGCGGACUGGGGCUUCCUGUCAUCAGUGAUGGGACGGGGAUAUUUUUGCGGCGGUAAGUACAAACAUUUUGGGGGUAAGAAUAAUAUAUUGACAGCUGGCAUUGAAAUAUUUUUGCUGAUCCUGUAAUUAUAGACCUUUAAAAUAAACUGUUGUAACUGGACCAUAAUAACUAUGUGUAAAUAUAUGAGGAGAUGGAUAGAUUCGGAUGCAUACGAGGUGUCUUUAGUGUGAUCCAAGUCUCACGUUGCACUAACGCAAAUCGUUAUUUUAAAUAAAAUGUAUUUCUCUAUU